AUGUUGAUAAAAUUGUACCCUCAGGUGUUCCACGUGUGCGUGGACGAUGCUCAAGGUGGCCUGACCCGAGUUGACUUCUUGUGCCCGAACGGAACCUUGUACAACCAAGAAGCCUUCGUUUGCGACUGGUGGUUCAACGUGGACUGCGGCUCUUCAGAGAGCUUCUUUGGCAAGAAUGACGAGAUCGGGAAAGUGCCUGAGGGAGCUGGCCAGUUUGGACAACAGCUGAGACCCCAGCAGCCGCAGCCCAGACCCCAACAGCCCCAGGCACCGCGUCAGCCAGCCCCAGUGCAACCCCAGGUUCCUCAGCAGCAGAGCCAACCUGACCUGCCAGCACCCAGGCCCCAACAGCCGGCCCCCAGGCCUCAGCAACCCGCCCCCAGGCCCCAACAGCCGGCCCCCAGGCCCCAACAACCCGCCCCCAGGCCCCAGCAACCCGCUCCCAGACCUCAGCAACCCGCCCCAAGACCUCAGCAACCACAGCAGGGUCUCAGGCCCCAGUUGCCAGCCCCCAGCAGGCCCCAGCAACCCGUCCAGCAGAGGCCCCAGCAGCAGGUCCCAUCUGUGCCCCGACCCCAGCCCGGCCCCAGGCCCCAACAACAGACUGCCAGGCCCCAGCAGCAGCAGCAGCAGCAGCAACCUGCCCAGCAGCAAAGGCCACAGCAACCCAGUCCCUCCUACGGGGUGCCCCCACCACAAGAAUUCGGAGACAAGGUUGAUGGUUACUAUUAGUCGAUGACAACUUUCCGAUGAAGGAACCUCGUGAAAAAAAAGCAAAUUUCCCCCUCUUUUUCAUUUCUUUUUCUUUUUUUUUUUGAGCCCUCGUAACCUUUUGUUUUCUUUUCUUUUCCUCGUGUGGGCGAAAAUUUACAUGUGCGCAAGGAGCCACAUUUUUGCACGUUCAGCAUUUUUUUGUAAGCGUUCGAAUUUUUCGACAGUAUAUAAUAGGGGAUUGUUUCUUUGUACAUUGUAAUUCUUUUAUUCUUAUUUUAUUGUCGUUGUGCCCUCUAUACUCAUGUCCGCACGCAAGAAAGAAAAAAAAAUAUUCUUUUCUUGAAUUGCUGGGGAUCGAAACACACACAAGGAUGUCGAGUUACCCGGAAAUUUUCUUUUAUGAGGCUACCAAAAAAAGAAGACAAGUGCAAGAAUAUCACCAGCACUUGCCUUUUUUGCAUUGUAUCAGACAAGAGGCAAUUAUUAUAAUUAUUUUUUCUACCUUUCCCCGGAUUUUUUUGCGAGAGGAGGGGAUAACGGGAAGAGGGAGAGAGAGAGAGAGACAUUUUGGCAGGAAAAGGACCAGCUGGCCAAAAUGAGGAAACUUGCCAUACGAAGCUCGAUCGUGCUUUUUACGCAUUUGAUUGUAUUUUCUUCUUGUUGUGAUUGUGUUUGCUUGUUUUGUCUGGAGGACAUUUUUUCAGCACUCGUUAUAUACUUGGAUUUUGGACGAAGAAACCUGGCGAUGGAAAAUAAACAUGGUGUUUCUGAAA